UCCUCCGGCUCGUCUAGUGAGUCGCAGCUUCUGUUGUCGAGCUUUAUAGACUCCUACCUCCCCCAGCUCAAACUCAUGUUCUCGACGCUAUCAGAGGCAGCGAUCCAAGAGGAAGCGGCUGUGGCCCAGGAGGAGAGCACCACGGCAGAAGUCGACAUUGAGAGAGUCCUACAGAGGCUCAUUAAGAGGGCCAGUGCUGCCCAAAGCGAGGCUCCUAUGGACUUGACCCUCUCCGAAGACCCUCCAGUUGAGGCAGAGUCGUGGCAGACGGACGUGGAGAUUUUGGACGCAUUGAUGAGAAUUGAAGAUCCUUUACAGAGAAGUUUUGCCAGUAAAACGCUGGCUACUGUCGUGAGGAACAUCGUGCUUCACGCGCCACAAAAUUCGAAGUACUACACUCUGAAGCUGAGUAAUGCCAAAGUCAACCGCCUCUACGACCUAGUCGGACCCCUCCUACUGCGGCUUGGCUUCGAAGAGGUCGAAGAUGCAAACGGCAGUACUCUCCAUUGGAACCACCAAGCCUCAGACCAGCAUCUCAUCGAGGCACACACUCUGCUGGAAAACGUCGUAUCUUCGCCUCAAGAGUGGAUCGGUGUGGCUCCUGAUGUCUUCUCUGACGGGAUGAAGUCGCUGCCAUUAUUACCAUCAGUGGGGAAUACGUCCGUUCCUUCGGGCUCGCGGUUUACCCCUGGUGGAAAACUCACUCGAGAAGCCAUUGCGAAGCUCACAGAGGAGCGGUUGAAAAAGCAGGGUCGAGGAGGCGGCUGGGGCUCUGGGGUCCUGUACUCCAACAAAAACUGCAAACGUAUGGUGCACGGCAUCGGGGACCUAGAGGUGGACUCUGGCGCCACGCACUUUGCGGACGACUACCUUCGAAUGAUUCAUGGUCCGACUCCAGCCGGUUCUAUGGCGGAAUUGACUCAGAGGUACUCAGCCGUUGAGUACCUGGGGAGGAAGAUUGUGGACCUUUGCAACUCCGCGAGGUAUGAGAACGGCAAGCUCCUUCGUCUACAGUGGCACGAUGGGAUUGCUGCCGUGGCUCGGACUCAUGCGGAAAAGAUGGCCUCAGGGGAGGCGCCUUUCUCCCAUGAUGGUUUCGAUGCUCGGUGUCGUCAGCUACCUAUUGCUUAUCAAAGUGCUGGUGAGAACCUGGCGUACAGCAAGGGGGUCGCUGAUGGUGCCGCCACUACUGUCAAAGGCUGGAUGAACAGUCCAGGGCACCGGAAGAAUCUUCUCACACCAGGGUUCACCCAUUGCGGGGUAGGGUGUGCGUAUGCUCGAGAUGGCUCGCUGUGGGUGACGCAGCUUCUAGUGAGUGCACGAUGACUUCAAUGUUUUUUUAUCAGAAACUACGCCA